AACUUAACAAAUCAUAUAUGGAUUUUCUUAUUAAACAUCUGUCAGAUUAUCCGGCCAGAUUAUUUUACUUAGCACUUCAAUCUAAAAUAAUCUAGUCCGAAUCCGAUCCAUUUACAGGUUUAUAUAUAAGUGCGAGAAAUUCGUAAAAGUAACACUUUAGGUGGGCUGAAUAGGAAAGCAAAAUUUCCUAAACAGAAGAGGACUCUAUAUAUACAAACAAGGCACUCGUCAACUCUCUCAUCCUUGGCAGCAACUAGUUAAUCAGCUCUCGUUCUUCUACUUCCUUUCUUUCACUUGCAAAUCAUCUGUAAUGGGGCCUUCCCGUGCGAUCCAACAUCGUAUAAACACGACGAACUCUCGUCCUUCUGGUUCCUCAUCUCACUCCCAACCCUCCGAUCCGACUGAGUUCUGCCCCGAAAGGUGGUUCAAAACAAACAACGAAGUUGAAGUGUCAAGCAAGGAAGAGGGGUUCAUCGGAUCGUACUUCGCAGCUAGGGUUGUAGCCAACAUGGGGGACAACUACGUUGUCGAGUACAAGGAGCUGUUGGAGGAUGACGAGCGCACGCUCUACAAAGAAACCGUCAUGGCUCACGACGUCCGCCCUGCGCACCCGAACAAAACCCGACCUUCAAGCCGAAGCGACUCAUCUGCAAACAACCAAAAGUUUGGUUUCGGGGAUUUGGUGGACGCGUACGACAACGACGGGUGGUGGACAGGGGUCGUCACUGGGGAGAAGGGCGGUUUCUGCGCCGUGUUAUUCGAAACAACGUCGGAACACGUUGCUUAUCCGGCUACUCACUUGAGGCCUCAUCUGGUUUGGAAGAAAGGGAUGUGGUUCCCUGGCAAGAACAGGGGAAGGUACCUGCAUGGGAAUCCAUAUUUCUCAGAAGCCAUGACGGAAGUUAUCUUGGAUGAAAAGAUCGAGCAGUCAAAGUAA